CGAAUGUUGUUCACGACACACACGUCGACUCUGUGACUGGCGACCAGGCGGGAUUGAAAAGGUUGUCCGUAUUAGGCUAUAAUAACUUAAUUGAAAGACAAUAGAAUAUGGCAUUGAAUAGUUGCAGUGGAGUUCCCAAAUGGGAAAGAAGAACACGUUUGUUUCUUUGUAUCUUCGGUUUGUUUUUGUCAUUCUAUGCUCUGCACGUUGAGAUUUCGCGAGAGAAGGACCCAGAGUAUCGGGCGAUGUGUGACCUGGGAGAUUCUGUGAGCUGCUCUAAAGUUUUCACCUCAAGAUGGGGACGUGGGUUUGGGCUUGUGCAAUUCUUCGUUGCUAAAGACAGUGCAUUGAAUCAACCAAACAGUCUGUUGGGGAUCAUUUUCUACACAUUGCAACUGGCUCUGGGUCAGUCUGUGUCCAGUAGGGCAGCAUUCCUUCUGGUCUUGUCCUCCUGGGUGUCCAUGGCUGGAUCGCUCUACCUAGCCGGAGUGCUUGCCUUCAUUCUGGGAGAUUUCUGCGUGGUCUGCGUCUCAACUUAUGUGGUUAACUUUUUGCUACUCUUCACCAAUCUGAAGAGAAGGACAGGACUAAAGGCAGUCAAGGAAAAAACUGGCUGAGGGACUAUCUUUGUGAUCUCAGAUCAGUGCAAAUAGUUAGGAAAGGAGGUGUUUUGUUACAUGGCCGCAGGCAGUUGAAUUGGGGACUAAAAAUGGGUUACUGGCAUAGAAAGUAAGUUAAACGAAUCUUGUGAAAAUUAAGCAUAGGAAACUUUCAGGCCUGGUUUAGCAUCACUUAGGACAUUGAUGCAUCAGUGACAAAUCAGUCGUAUUGUUCUUUCAUUGGGUGCUCUUGGGACUGGUAAAAAGGGUUGAGUACAUUAUAAUUAUGAUACUACAUACCUCAUUUCUGAAGUGAUAGCAGUUAUUACAUCCACCUUUAUUGACCAAAUCACAUUAUACUUACGUUAUCCAGACUGUUACAGAUAAAUGGGCCAUUAAUUCAAUGUCUGUUUCUUUUAACAUAAUAAAAUCGGAUGUUCUCUCAUA